UUCCUAUGCCAACCUCCAAUUCCUCGUUUCCUUCAAUUUUCUCUUCUCCAUCUUUCCUCUCUUAUCUCACUCAUGGAGAUUUCUAAAUCACUCUGUUUUUUCCUUCUUCUUCUUCUUCUGUUCUUCGUCGACCAAGCUCGUUCGGACGCCAUUAAUGGAGAUUCUGAGAAGCUUCAUCGUCUUCUUCAUCUUCAGAAACGUCCAUGGAAGCAGCAGGAAGAAGCUGUUAUUAACUGCAUCUUUCAGAAGCCAAGAGUGAGGGAGGGAAUAACGACAUUGGAAAUGAAAGAAAAAGACUAUUGUUCAGGCGAAGUCACGGACUGGCAAAAGAAUCUUCAAAACCGCUUAAUCUCCGACGCCAUUCACGUCCAAUCUCUUCAAUCACGAAUCAAAUCCGCCAUUUUUUCCGGCGACACCCACCAAAUCUCCGACUCCCAAAUCCCCUUGUCCUCCGGCACCAGGCUCCAAACCCUCAAUUACAUCGUCACCGUCGCUCUCGGCGGCCGGGAUUCGACUCUCAUCGUCGACACCGGCAGCGACCUCACUUGGGUCCAAUGCCGCCCUUGCCGCCUCUGUUACAACCAACAAGAACCCCUCUUCGAUCCCUCAAAUUCCUCUUCGUUUCUUUCCCUUUCUUGCAAUUCCCCCACCUGUUUGGCUCUUCCUCCGGCCACCGGAAAUUCCGGCCUCUGUGGGAACGGAAAUUCAAGCUCCUGCGGUUACGAGAUUAACUACGGCGAUGGGUCUUAUUCCCGCGGAGAACUUGGAUUUGAGAGGCUGAAUUUAGGGGAAAUCGUUAUCGAUAAUUUCAUAUUUGGGUGUGGCCGGAAUAACAAGGGGUUGUUCGGCGGCGCUUCGGGAUUAAUGGGUUUAGGUCGGAGUAAAUUAUCUCUCGUUUCUCAAACUUCCUCUGUUUUUGACGGAAUUUUUUCCUACUGUUUGCCUUCAACCGGCGCCGGAGCUUCUGGUUCUUUAACAAUGGGCGGCGGCGAUUUCUCAAAUUUCAGAAACGUUUCUCCAAUUUCCUACACAAGAAUGGUCUCAAAUCCUCAGAUGCCAAAUUUUUACUUUCUGAAUCUCACAGGAAUUACCAUCGGUGGGGUAAAUCUGGGUGUGUCAAACAACGGGGCUUUGAGUUUAAUCGAUUCAGGGACUGUGAUUACCAGAUUAACUCCAUCGAUUUACAGAGCUUUCAAAGCGGAAUUUGAGAAGCAAUUUUCUGGGUUUCAAACAGCGCCAGGAUUCUCGAUUCUGAACACUUGUUUUAACCUCACUGGGUUUAAAGAGGUGAAUAUUCCCACGGUGAAAUUUUACUUCGAAGGGAAUGCGGAAAUGACUGUGGAUGUUGAAGGGGUUUUUUACUUUGUGAAAUCCGACGCUUCUCAGAUCUGUUUGGCGUUUGCGAGUUUGGGUUAUGAAGAUCAGAGUAUGAUAAUCGGGAAUUACCAGCAGAAGAAUCAGAGGGUUGUUUAUAAUUCCAAGGAAUCCACGGUGGGUUUUGCAGCGGAGCCUUGCGGUUUCUAGCCCAGAGAGGAUUUUCCGGGAAAGUGGAACGGAUUUUCCCGGAAAAUUUUGUUUAUUACAGACAGAGCGGGGAAUUGUCUCGUUUCCUCUCGGUAACAAAAUAAAAAAAGGGUGAGAAUUUGGAUUUGUAUAUUUCAUUUUUUGUUUGUCUUCUAAUUUGUACAUUUCAUUUCAAAUAUUGCAAUUAAUUCAUCCGCCUAUUUUCAAAUUCCA